AUGGAUUUUGGUGUGGUUUCUAAGGAUACAAACUGGUGGUUUUUUACACUACCAGCUUUUCUUGGAUCUGAAAAUUUGCUAGAUGGGUAUGUUGUUUUCUCUCUCCUAGUGGGUUUUGUGUUUCUCUCACUACUCACAUGGGUUUGCGCCGCUGGUGGCAUAGCUUGGAAAAAUGGUAGGAACCGAAGAGGCCGAGUUUCGAUCUCUGGACCUAUAGGUCUCCCCAUCUUCGGAAGCCUCUUCACUCUCAGCCGUGGCUUGGCUCACCGCUCUCUGGCUUCCAUGGCCUGGACCAGAAAAGCCACCACCCAGCUCAUGGCUUUCAGCCUUGGCUCGACGCCGGUGGUGGUGGCGUCUGACCCACACGUGGCUCGUGAAAUCCUGACCUCCCCUCACUUCGCCGACCGUCCGGUGAAGCCGUCGGCUAAGAGCCUCAUGUUCAGCCGAGCCAUCGGUUUUGCGCCGAACGGGACGUACUGGCGGCUCUUGAGACGAAUCGCUUCGUCUCACCUCUUCGCACCCCGGCGCAUCGCAGCCCACGAGGCCGGCCGCCAGCUAGACUGCACCUCCAUGCUGCGCAACAUAGCAGACGAGCAAGCACUCAACGGGGUGGUCACGUUAAGGAAGCAUUUGCAAUCCGCUGCCCUAAACAACAUCAUGGGUAGUGUGUUCGGAAAACGUUACGACCCGGCGCACGAUAGCAAGGAUCUCCAGCAGCUGAGGGACAUGGUCCGAGAAGGUUUCGAGCUCCUGGGCGCUUUUAACUGGUCCGACUAUGUUCCAUGGCUUAACUAUCUCUACGAACCGUUUCGUAUAACUCAGCGCUGUGCAGCUCUGGUCCCCCGAGUCAGACAACUCGUCCGAGUCAUUAUUGAAGAACACGAACACAAACGCAUUGACUCAGUCAACCUCUCUGAUAAUGCUGAUUUCGUUGAUGUUUUGCUGUCUCUUGAUGGUGAUGAGAAACUCCAUGAAGAUGAUAUGGUCGCUGUCUUAUGGGAGAUGAUAUUUAGAGGGACUGAUACUACUGCUUUGUUAACUGAGUGGGUUAUGGCUGAGUUGGUGUUGCACCAAGAGGUUCAAGAAAAGCUUCAGAGAGAGCUCCAAUCCGCUGUGGGGAGCAACACCGUAACAGAUGCUGACGUGGCUAAAUUGCCUUAUUUACAAGCGGUCGUGAAGGAGACUCUGAGGGUCCAUCCGCCGGGCCCGCUCCUGUCGUGGGCCAGGCUGUCCACGUCGGACGUCCAGCUCAGCAACGGGAUGGUCAUACCCGCCAACACGAUGGCCAUGGUCAACAUGUGGGCCAUCACGCAUGACUCGCGCGUGUGGAAGGAACCGCUGGAGUUCAAGCCGGAGAGGUUUGUGGAGAGUGAGGGCGGUGCCGACGUGGAUGUGAGAGGCGGUGACCUGAGGCUCGCACCGUUUGGGGCCGGACGAAGGGUGUGUCCGGGCAAGAACCUAGGGCUCGUGACGGUGAACCUCUGGGUGGCUAAGUUGGUGCGCCACUUCAAGUGGGUCCCAGAUGUGGCGAAUCCAGUUGACCUAAGUGAGGUCUUGAAGCUGUCUUGUGAAAUGAAGUGCCCUCUCUCAGCUGUGGCUGUGCCAAGGAAUGUUUAG